AAGCCGGUGAGAUUAAUUAGGUAUACAUUUUGAUAGGGCUAGGCCUAGGCUUGACACAAGACUACCAGGACUAAGUUUCGCUUCACGCUUGACAUUGCAGUUCAAUCGGGACUAGUUAGGCUAACUCAGCAUCCAUUGAUGCCCUUAUUGGAGAAGUGGACAGCCAACAAUGUCACUUGCAUAUAAGUCUGUGAAAGAUCACUUCUGGUCUGUGAAGUUCAUUUUCGAAUGCGGACGGAAAUUGGAACUCAAGAGCCACACUAUAUGUAAGGCUGCUGCAAUGUAUCAUCGCUUCUUCAAGGAAGCUCACCUGAGAGAUUAUGACCCAUAUGUCAUUGCAGCUGCUUGCUUAUUUAUUUCUGGGAAGAGUGAGGAUGACCGAGCACAAAUACGAGAUGUGAUCAAUGUUACCAGAGAUACACUUGAGCCAGGAUGUGACCUUCUGAACUUGGGAGAAGAAUAUUUCUCCUACAGGGAAACCAUAACAAAUGCUGAAUUGCUUGUUCUGCGAAUGCUUAAGUUUGAUAUGACCUACCACUUACCUCACAGGUAUUUGCUUCACUACUUGUUGUCUUUGGAGCUCUGGGCCAAGACCCCAGAGUGGAAAAAGGACAUGCCAUUUGAGAGAAGUUGCUGGGCUUUCCUCCAUGACUUCCACUUCUCUCCAGCUAUUGUUACAUACAAGCCUCAGUUGAUUGCAAUUUCCAUCAUCUUCUAUGCUCUCCAAUGUUAUGGUCUUCAGAUCCCAACUGAAGAUGUGCAGUGGUAUGAGGCUCUUCAUCCUGAAGCAACAGUGACCCAACUCUUCACUAUCAUGGACUCCUUGUUGGAAGUCUAUGACAAUGACAAAGAAUUAUCUCAGGAUGUACAAUCAUCACUUCAGGCAAAGGUCCCUGGAUUCUAGAUCUCAUGACUGUGAUUUUUCAUCCUACUUUAUUUCUUUCAUUUCUUAGUGGCAUUUUGAAUUAAACUCCUAAGCUGAAUAAAACACAAUUCUCACAGAA